CCCAGCCUGGGGGCGCAGGAGGGAGCUCAGCCCCCCUUGGUCUCCGUAGGCUGGCCGCAGCCAUGAGUCUCAAAGACUUCACCUACCCCGUCCCGGAGACGAGGUUUCUCCACGCUGGCACCAACGUGUACAAGUUCAAGAUCAGAUACGGCAGCAGCAUCAGGGGGGAGGAGAUAGCGGAUAAGAAAGUCGUCAGCCUGGAGCUGGAGGACUCCAUUCGGGCCGUCCUGGGGAACCUGGACCACCUGCAGCCCUUCACCACGGAGCACUUCAUCAUAUUCCCGUAUAAGAGCAAAUGGGAGCGGGUGUCCCACCUGAGAUUCAAGCACGGGGCGGCUCUGCUGGACCCCUACCCCUUCGUGUGCACCCUCUACGUGGAGAUGAAGUGGGUGCCCGCUGGGACCCCCAGAGGAGGCCAUGAGCUCCCACGAGCGGGCACCCACGAGGAAGCAGAAGUGGGAGCCGUGGCGGUCAAGAGGAGAAGACUGGAAGGGGGCAACUUCCCCUCAGGACAAGAGCGGGGCAGGGCCGUGAUGGGAGCUUCCAGCAGGAAGAAGCCCCCAACUCGCACCAGAAGGAACCAGCCCGGAGAAGCUGCCCUGGAAGCAGAGGGCUCGGACGCGGCGCUCCAGGACCCCGGUGCCCUGGAGGAGUCUGGGUCUACUCCGGCAGACCCAAAGGUGCGCCCACCUCAGCCAAGCAGUCCACCUCCCCCCGAGGAGCCCCCCAAGCAAGGCCAUACUGGAUUUUUUGGCUUUCUGAGCUCCAUCUUCCCAUUCAGCCUCUUCAGCAGGAGAGGCAGCCAGUGAGCCUCGUGGAGGACCGCCUGGCCGGGCCUCGGCCCUGCUCCCCGGCCCGGAGGGAGGAGAAGGCCGAGGGCGCGCCGGAGCAGCCGCACGUGUCUCCCCACUUGUCCUUGGCAUCCCCAUGUUUGUUCCGAGUCGGGCGGCGGGCAGAUGAAUGAAGAGAUUUGUUCCUUUCUGGUGCUUCUCGAGGAGGUUUUUAUUGCCAGUCUGGGUCUCGUCUGUGGCGCUCAGGGUCCAACGACACCUUAUUGAUGAAGAAUUAGUGACUGAAC